AUGAAGCAUCAUUCUUCUCCCGCGCUUCGACCACCAUUUCCUUUGUUCCACGAACUGGAUCGUCCCGGCAUACACGACGAGCGGAUACGGCCGGCUCUGUGUGCCUUGCAGGUAGCUUGCCACGUUUUGAAAGUCUCCGUAGAAUGUCGAUUUACGGCGUCUUGUUUGCUACACCGCUUUGUAGCAGUACAGGUGGUAUCCAUAGACCAGGAUGAAUGGCAGUGGAUCACAAUGGCAUGCCUCUUUUUGGCGGGCAAAGUGGAAGAAGAACCCCGCCGUUUGCGCGAUGCCAUCAACUGUGCCUCGAUGAUUACCAUUCCUGCGCAAGUUCUUAACGAGCAAGAAACAAUCGGCGACUCGACCCAAACACAUGAAGAGUUAAAAACGAUCAACGAAAAUCUUGGGAGUUUCAAAAAGGUGCGAGUGCAAUGGAAUUCCUCACCGCCAGAAUUAGAUGAUGCGUACUGGGAUGCGAAGCGUCGUAUCGUCGAAAAAGAACAAUUUGUUUUGCGAUGGCUCGCGUUUGACGUUUCGGUUUCCCAUCCGCACCGAGGAGUUGCCGCAAUCGUCAACCAUCUCGUGGAUUGCUCACCUCAAUGGUUUGGCAUCGUUACCCCAGAGCAACUUGUGCAUCAGGCGUGGACACAUUGCAACGACGCUUUGUUUUCGUCCCAGGCGCUCAGUUAUCCGGUGAUGACACUAGCGUGUGCAGCUGUAUCGAUCACUCUUCGCGAUCGCAAUAUCGAGGAGUCCAUGGAAGAGCAAGAUUGGUGGAAACACUUUUCUGUCCCGAAAGACAAGGCUGCUAGCAAUACGUGA